UGUCUUUCUCGUCUCUCUCGAAAACAGCUAGUCUCUGCCCUCUUAACGGUGUACGUUUUCUGUCUCGACAGUAAUCAAAAGCUGCCUAGAAGCCAACAUCAAAACCACCGCUUUCACCGCAGAUCUCUCUCCGCCGCAACCACUCCUCAGUCUCUCACGCCACCUCAAAUCUCCACCUUCGAUCAUUUCCACGACCAUUCCUUCUUCUCACACAUAACUCCUCGCUUCAAAACGUAUUUACAGUUCUUAAUUUAGCUAUUCACCUCCUACCACAAAUGCUCAAAAACGUCCACUGUUUUUUUUUAGUGGUAUACUCGUAUGGUUUGUUUCUUUUUUAAUUAUGGAUAAUUGCAAACAACAGAAUCAUAGGAGACCAAAUGUUAGCAAAAUUUGAUUGUUAAGUAUUGAAUUAUUGAUAUCCUUUCAUCCAGAACAAGUAAAACAAGAAAAGAGUAGUAAAAAGGAAAGAAAGAGAUGUCAAAGCUGUUGGCACGGAUUGCUGGCUACUUGAGCAACCGAACUUUGGUGGGUGUAGACAAAGUAGGGAACCGUUAUUUCACCAGAACAGAAGAGAUCGAUGGUAUCAUUUGUAUAUUUGUUGAUGUUUCAGUGAAAGAGAAAAGAUGCGUAAUAUUCAAAGGGGAGGGGGAUCCAACCUCACUAUCAGUUGAAUGGAUAUGCUGGCUGAACGGACAGCGUAAAAGGGCUCCAACUCCUGAGAUGGAGUUGGGGGCAAGGCGAGAACUUGUGAAGCAAAAUGUGGCACUUCUCAAGCAAGAAGAAGAGGAAAGGAGAGCCAAAGAAGGCAGUUCUCACAAAGCCAAGAGCACUGGUAAAACUGGAGGUCCAGACUUGAAAAGUUUCAUUCACCAAUUUCCUACUGAAGGUAACAAGCUUGAGGAAGAAUCAGAUGCAGUUGAUAGAGGAAGCGGAGAAGAUGAAGCUGGGGCACAGAAAGCAAAAGAACCUUUGUCAGAGCAUUCAGAACCAACCGGAUCUGGUUCAACCUUCAAGCCAGGGACGUGGCAACCACCAACAUGAGAUGGGUCAUAUUUUAAUAGUCACCCGUAUUGGUAGUCAUUUUCUUCACCAUUAUGGUCCCCGUUUCCCCAUUGGUUUUUUAUUGACUAGACUCGCAAAUUUCACCGACGACAUUGUUGAACAAAUUACAUAUACUGCAAACUAUUUUGUCGGAAACUUUGAGAUUUUUGGGAGAUGGGGAUAACUCGGAUUGGUUUAGUUUCAUAAUUUGUAUCAGCCAAAACAUAACCGAACUCAGGUUCAUACCAUGAAGCAGCCACAUCAUCCAUUCAAGAAGCUUUGGAGAGAUUACUCUGUUUAAAGGAGUUUUAACUUUUUGGACCCUUAUACCUUUAACAGACGAGAAUAUGGACAUGAUAAACCUGUCGCUAAUAUCUCAGGCCAGCAUCAAGCAUCUGUCUCUCUGUUUUUUCAGUUGCAAUAGUUUCACAUUAGCAAUCAAUGAAUAAAACUCUUAUUCUGUA